UUCGUCAAUGUGCGCCAAUACAUGACGAUGUGUUAGGGGUGAAUAUAUGCACCGCGCUCUUCAUUAAUUAGCAAGGAGAGCCGAGGGAUGUGAAAUCGGCAGAAAAACACUGCGCUGCUGAACUAAUUUAGACGUUUAAUACUGAAUUGUGACAAUAUGUCCACGGUGGAAGAUGUUUUGCGAAAGAUGCAUUCUGAUUUUGCCAAGGAAAAUCCGAUGGAAUCAUCGAAGUUGAAUCAGCUGACACAAGACAAAGUUCACGAAUACAAAGAGGCGUUUAACAUGUACGAUAAGGAUCACGACGGGAUUCUGUCUGUCCAGAAAUUAGGGGCCGUGCUGAGGGCUCUGGGCCAUAACCCCACAGAGAUAGAAAUUCAGGAAAUGAUCGAUGAGAUCGACUCGGAAGGUACAGGUUCUAUAGACUUUGAAAGUUUCUUGGAUGUAGUUAUGAGCCGUGAUUUGGAUGAGGAGGACCAUGAGGUGGCGCUGAGAGAGGCUUUCAAAAUGUUUGACAGGGAUGGUAAUGGUUACAUAGACGCUGACGAACUCCGUCUGUGCAUGAUAAACCUCGGGGAGAAGCUGACGCUGGAGGAAGUUGAAGAGAUGAUUAGAGAGGUGGACGUGGAUUUUGACGGAAGGAUGGAUUAUGAAGAAUUUGUGAAACUUAUGUGCACAAAAUAUCCACUGACGUAGUUCUGAUUCUGCGCACUGGCAACGCAGAUGUUUCCUUUUCUACUGAAAUUUUGUUGUAUCGUUCCCUGUUUGAUGAAGACAGGGGGCGUUAAUACUAUAUGAUUAUGAACUUCUGUUUGCGUGGGAGUCAUUAAGAAGUUUUUAGAGAUCUCAUGAAAUGUGAAUAUGUGAACUGAACAUUGUGCAUAUUUAUCGUUCUAUUUUUGUUAACCCUUCUGACCUAUCUCGUCAUAAUGUUUCUUUAUUGUACGACAGUCAAUAUCAGCCAUGGUUAAGUGUAGAAUGACAAACCUAUUUACUGUGUUAGUAUACUUCCAAAUUCUGUAAAGUGUGCAAUGUGCACACAACUUUUUAACUGCCGCGACACUAAUGCACUGUAGUAUUAAAACUAUCUGAAUCGGUGACAGUUUAAUUCACACUAACCUGUAAUUAAAAUUUAUUUGCGAUUAUACAUUAAAAGAAAUCGGUUCCCUAGGACGGGCAUAUCUGUCUAGUACUGUCCACUAGAGUAUUAAAAUAAACAUUGAUACGAUUUGAAAAUAAUAAUUCUGAGUAGAUCUAUGCUGAAUUCGUACCAUUUUUGUGUCAAAGUUCGUCUGUAAUUUCUAGUACAGUAUAGUUGUAUAUCUUCAAUUACAUAUAGUAUUCAAAGCAACAGGGCGAAAUUAGUUGGGAUUUUUCAUGACCACGACGUCUCUAUGUAUCGAGAAGAAUUUUAGUGAUAGUAUAGUGUAAACUGUCACGAUUAAAACAUUUACGACAGAUCAAACAUUACACGUAGAAUGAGUGUCUCGACAAUGAAGAAAGUUGUGUGUGUAUAUCUACAGAGUAAAAUAAACAAGGCUUUACCACUCUACACUUUUAAAAAUUAACUAUAGAGUAUCACGGCUGAUAUCAACAAUCGCUUUAUUAGUGUACAAGAUGUGGAAAAUGUGCCCGUUGAUGACGACGAGAACAUUGUAGAUAUGUUGAGUUGAGAAUUGUAGAUUUCACAAAUCGUCGAAGUCUGUGCAUCACCUUGCCUUUACAGAAAUUUAGCAAUUGUGAGAAGUAAGAAACAAUAAACAGUAUUGUCAUAAAAAAUCAUUUUCAUCCUCCUAUUUCAAUCAUAUUUUGUGUUCGAAAUUGUGACAUUAUUCAAUAUUGCUGUAUAGAUUGAAUGACGCCACAUCUCCUAGCAUGAAGUAAAAUAACAAGAGAGAUGCAGUGUUCCGUUCGUUAACAUUAUAUAGACCCUUUUCUUCAUGUUUAUUUUUACAUAUUUUGAACUGUUACCAAUAAAUACUAACAAUAGAC